UUUUAUGCAUGCAGUUGCCAAGGUUCUGAGAAAGAAGCAAUAUGAAACACCUUAUUGUGUCUUCAAUCUUUGUGGUCCUCUUCCUAGCUCCAUCUCUGGCCCUGAUGAACACCAGUGACAACCAUCCUCUGGAUGGAUCUGUUGGGACCCAGAGCAUCCGUGUCAAUGCCUUUCGAGGUAUGGUCAGCAUCCGAGACAACAAUGUUUUGAGUGAAUGGGAUGGAGUCUUGGACUACAAGAAUGCCCUCUUGGUGGCUAAGUUGUUUAGCAAGAUGGCCUGUGUCCUGGCCAAGAUGGAUGAAGCUGUCUUCCCAACUUUGGAUGACAUUGUUAAGGCCCUGGACCACCAGACUUCAAAGCAUUAUCCAGCUACUCACGGCCUGACCUACACUGUUUUACCCAACCGGGUCAAGAACUUAGCCCAGUUUGGAGCACACAUCAAGGACAUGUGCCGAGCGGUCCCCACUUAUUUUGCCCAACAGCGAAAAGAAGGUACUGCACUGGCUAUUAACCCGGAUUCCUGUUUUGAAAUCCAAAUCCUGUCCUUCCUGGGACUCUCCAUCUGUGGGGAGAUACCUGGGCUCUGA